AUGCCGCGUUCCCCGCUCCCGGUUCCGAACUCCACGACCUCCUUUUGGAGGUCUGACCCGCAUCCGCUUGACAAUCACCGGUCUACCCCCGAAGUCCCCUCACAAGUCGAUAUCGCCGUCAUUGGCGCCGGCUAUGCAGGCGUGUCUACCGUCUAUCACAUUCUCGACAUCUGCAAGUCCAAGGGGACACCGCCACCGAAUAUUGUGAUACUCGAGGCUCGGCAAGUUUCCUCAGGAGCUACGGGCCGGAAUGGUGGGCAUCUGAAACCGGACCCUUACAACCGUCCCUCGAGUCUUGCCGUCACUCAUGGUGUUGAGGUCGCUGCCGAGGUUGCUGUCUUUGAGGCGCAGAACCUUCCAGCCGUGAAGAAGGCCGUGGAAGCUGAGGGCAUUGAGUGCGAUUUCGUGUUGACGCGUGCCGUCGACGCGUUAAUGAGCGAUGCCAUCUGCGAGAAGAUGAGAUCCGGCGUUGAGCUGCUGAGGAAACAUGGAGUCUCAGUAAUGGAUGACGUUUACUUCGCCAAAGGUGCAGAGGCAGAGCAACUUUCCGGCGUCAAGGGUGCCAAAGGUUGCCUGUCGUAUUCAGCCGGGCACUUGUUCCCAUAUAAAAUGAUCAUCGGAUUAUUGUCCAAGGCCCUCGCCGCCGGCGUCAACUUGCAAACAAACACGCCCGUCACCAGUGUCACAGACGCGCCAGACGCGGAGGCCUACCUCACCCUGAUGACCUCACGUGGCCCGAUUCGGGCCAAGAAGAUUGUGUACGCGACAAACGGAUACACGUCGUCGAUCCUCCCGGAGUUCUCGGAAAAGAUCGUCCCCGUGCGGGGGAUUUGCAGCCACAUCGAGCCGGCCAAGACCCCCGCUCCGCUACUGCCUCACUCGUACAUCGUCCGCUGGUCGGACACGGAGUACGAGUACCUCAUCCCGAGACUGGACGGCAGCAUCGUCGUGGGAGGCGCGCGGUCGGAGUACUGGCAGGAUCUGGACUCGUGGUAUAAUACCGUCCGCGACGACGAGCUGAUCGACUCUGCGAAGAACUACUUUGAUGGAUAUAUGCAACGUGUGUUCCGUGGGUGGGAGGAUAGCGGCGCUCGUACGUCGAAGGUGUGGACGGGAAUUAUGGGAUACUCGACUGAUUCCACGCCCCAUGUGGGUUUUGUCCCGGGACGGCAGAACCAGUUCAUACUUGCUGGAUUCUCAGGCCAUGGCAUGCCGAAUAUCUUCUUGUCCGCAAAGGGUGUGGCGUCGAUGAUGAUGGAGAAUGCGACAUUCAAGAGUACGGGUAUUCCUAGGAUCUAUGAGGCUACCCAGGCAAGGUUGGAUAGCAAAACAAAUACUGUCAUCGACGGUUGGAAGGCGAGUCAGAAGAAGCAAGGGCCCAGACUGUAA